CAGUCGAUAUGACUGAAGAGAAUCAAGAGAAAAAUAAAAAGAGAUCCAACCUCCCACCAGAUUGCCAGAGUUCACAAUUAGAAAGGACAUAGCCGACUCCGCAUUAUGCCAAGAGGACCGGGGCAGUCUCGGCGUUGCAGGGCCUGCCGGCACCUAAAGAAGAAAUGUGAUCUUCAACUUCCGAGGUGCAGUCUAUGCCGCCACCGGUGCGUCGAAUGCGUCUAUGACCAAGGGUUGUCCUUUGUACACAGCCGGGCACCCAAGGACCGCGGACGCAACACUACGAGAACUGUAGGUUCGGUCCUAGGACCAGUUACUACAAAAUCUAACCAGCCGCUCGACAUCGUGUUAUCCGACACGCUGGCCGAGGCUGCAUUCGAGGCCAAGUGUCUCGGUUUAUUCUGGGAAUCUUUUCUUCCAUUCGGCCGCUCCAUUCCAGAAACUACUAUCUCUUGUGCCUCCAGCAGCUGGACGCUCCUCGCACAGGAUUUGUAUCUCCACGAGCCCAUAUUGCGCAAUGCUCUUGUUGCUUUCGCACUGGCCAACGUUGGAAAAAGAGAUGACAAGCAAUGGAUGCGAGAUGCAGGGCUUAAGAUUUACGGAAAAGCUUUGUGUAGGAUGAGAGGGGCGCUACUUAAUCCGUCACAGGCCAAUUACGAUGGAAUCUUGGUUGCCACUAAGAUAAUGAGCCUCUUCGAAAUGUUCCAUGGAGAUGAUAGGCAAGACAAGGCCGCACAGGCACGUGCUUGGGUUGACCACGUGAAAGGGGGAGUUGCAAUCUUCCUUGGGAGAGGCCCGAAGGGGUGCGCCAGCGGCGUCAGCCAUCGCAUGUUUUGUGAUGGGCGUGCAAUUAUGGUCCUUCCGAGCAUUUAUACACGCAAAAAGUCCAUUCUCAGCAGCCCAGCCUGGAAGCAAAUACCCUGGAGCCUAGAGCCGAAAUCUGCCACGGACAACCUGGUUGACAUUUUGGUGGAUAUUCCCACUAUCUUGGAGAAGCUGGACGAUCUGCAAGACGAAACCGAUGUAGAGAAAAAGCGCCAGCGACAAGAAGCGUUGCUUUACACUUGCUGGAAAUACGACAGAGAUCUACUUGCGUGGUUCACAUCAUUUAGCCCUAACAAAGUGGCGGACAAUUUUGAGUACGAGCCGGACGCUGAGAUAUCUAUGGAAGACAUUGCCAGAGCCCACACGUUGAAUCUAUACUGGACUACCUGCCUUAUCCUAUACAAUGCGAUGCGCAGGACGGCAGUCUCGCAGACGGAACUGCCAGCCCGAAUAGACCCGUUAAUCUGCUGCCGUAACAUUGCGCGGUCCUUGCCAAUCUUCCUUAAGAAAAAUAGCGGCUUGUGGUGUCUUAGUAUUGUCCUCUUCCCUGUGGGCAUGGCACUUAGAUUCCUCUCGGCGGAGAAAGAUAGCGACGAAUAUUCUCGGAUACGAUAUGUCAUUAACCACGGAGUACAGGGCUUCCAUCUUGGUCAAUUCCUGAAUAGCAGCCGGCGCAACGCGUCCGCCCUACUCCUACAUAAUAGUAAAUGACUGCUUUAAAUAAACCAAUUAGUUGGUCGACAAUGGUUGGAGUGGAACGAUGGAAGGAGCAAUCGCAUAUAUAUGCGGCAAUGCCUGGGGACUGGUUAUAUAUGUUUGCCAGUAUCGGAGGUUUAUAGACCAGAUAGCUGAUUUGAGUGCUUGAGCAAGCAAUAUUCUAC